UGAUGGUAAAUCUUGCCAGCCAAACUCAGAUUUAGUGCCAUGGCCUCCAUUGCUAACACAUUCUACUUCCACUUGUUUUUGCUCAUAGUUUUGUCACUCUCUCACCAACCACAUGCUAGGGAGAGCAAGUUUUUCACCAAAGUUAUUCAUUACCUUUCAAAUUCACCAAUAACAUCUUCAUCAUCAUCGGUACCAGCACCAGCUCCGAUGCUGGUUCCAGGGCUGGCUCCAGAGAAUGAGCCAGUACUGGCUCCAGCACCAGCUCCAAUGUUGGUUCCGGGGCUGGUUCCGGUAGAUGAGCCAUUUUUGGCUCCUGCACCGGCACCGGGUGAGGAAGAGCAUGGCUAUGGUCUUUAUGGUCAAGGGUCGAGUGAGUUUUCCUCAGAGGAAUUCCACGCGUCUUCCUUGGAGGGUUCAGAGAAUGAAACCCUGGAGGACGAGGAAGGAAAAGGAAGUAAUGAUGUAGAUGAGUUUACUUCACAAAAGGAGACCCCGUUCGAGAAGCUACUAAGUAGUCAAAGUUACUCUACUAACAAUAAUGGUUAUUCCAACAAUGGGAAUGGCUACAAUCAAAAUGGUUACAACAACAAUGAGAAUGGCUACAACAACAAUGAGAAUGGCUACAACCAAAAUGGUUACAACAACGAGAAUGGCUACAACAACAAUGUGAAUGGCUACAACAACAACAACGAGAAUGGCUACAAAAACAAUGAGAAUGGCUACAACCAGAACAUGUAUAGCAACAACUAUAAUGGAUACUCAAGCUCUAUGUAUGAGAACAAUGGUUACAAGACUGAAAACAACAACAACAACAACAAUUACAUGACCUUCACAAACGAGAAUAGUGGCUACAAUGGAGACGGAUACACACAAUCUAAAGAGGAAAACAAUGGCUACAACAAUGACAAUGGGUACAUGGUGGAGCGACAAGGAAUGAGUGACACAAGGUUUUUGGAGAAUGGUAAGUACUCUUAUGAUGCAAACAACAACAACAACAAUUACAUGACCUUCACAAACGAGAAUAGCGGCUACAAUGGCGACGGAUACACUCGCUCUAAAGAGGAAAACAACGGCUACAACAACGACAAUGGGUACAUGGUGGAGCGACAAGGAAUGAGUGACACACGGUUUUUGGAGAAUGGUAAGUACUCUUAUGAUACAAACAACAAUGAGAAUAACCAUGAAAGUAGUUAUGAAGAAGAAGAAGAAGUGAGUGACAAUGGCGAAGGGUAUAAUAGGAAUAAUGAAGAAUCGAAAUACGAGUUUGACACAAUGGAAGAGUAUGAGAAGCAAGAGGGGUAUCCAGAAACUGACCAAAGAGGGUAUGUGCCAUAAGAAUGAAGAGAUACGAUUUGUUUUAUAAGUUAAGUAACACCAUAAUUACAAAGCAUAAUGGAAGGUUCAAAAAAAAAAAAAAGAAGUGGAAGUCAUAGUUUUCUUAUGUUUGUGACUCAUCUUUUCUCCUUUGUUAGUCUUUGAUGUUUUGGAGGGUGGUAGGGUUUGGAAAAUAUGUACUUUGGAAUAUAAUUAUGUAAGUUUCUGUGUGAACUAAAUUGAAUGGCAUAUCCAAGUUUUCUAUAUAAUUAUCAUUACAAAUUA